GGAUUAGACCCUUCUUGGGUAAGUUUAUAAAUGCAUGAUUUUAGAUUUUACAGAAAAUUUUAUUUGAAUACAAAAAUUCAUUGAGUGCAUGAAAGAAUUGCAGUGUGGUUAAUCUUAAUAAAUAGCCAUGGCCUCUAACAGUUGUUUAAACAGAGUUUUUCGGUCAAGUCGACCUCUGCUUAACCUUGCAAAAAGGAACAGAAAUGACAGGACUGGUGUGGAGACCAGUGUGAAGAGCUUCAGUACAUCAGACCAAAGAGCAGUACACAGAAGUCUCAUACCAGACAUAGACAUCCCUAAUGUUUCUCUUACAGACUUCUUGUUUCCAAGAUUUGACAAAUUCAGUAAAAAUGUUGCCAUGGUAGAUGGCACCACUGAGAAAUCCUAUACUUAUACAGAACUGAAAGAGAAUGCUAUUAAAGUAGCCAGUGCUUUAACCAGGAUGGGGUACAAGAAGGGAGAUGUUUUAGCCAUAUAUUCUACAAACAGCCCUGAAUUUACCAUGGUGAUGUUAGGGGCCGCAGCUGCAGGCAUUAUUGUCACUACAAUGAACCCAGCCUACACAUCAGGGGAACUGGCUAGACAUUUAGAACACUCAGGAGCUAGCAGUUUGUUUACAAUUCCUGCUUUAGUUGGGACUGUUAAAGAUGCACUUGAAACUGACAAAGUUCUCAAAAGUAUUAUUAAGAACAUAGUAGUGUUUGGAACAGCAGACGGUCACCGACCAUUCUCCACCUUGUUAGAGGAUGAUGGGAAGGCCUUCCCAGAGAACAUCAGUAUUGAUCCAAUGGAAGAUGUUGUGGUUCUGCCUUACUCAAGUGGUACUACUGGUCUACCUAAAGGGGUUAUGUUGACACACAGUAAUAUAGUUUCCAAUCUUCUACAGUUCAGACCAUUAAUAAGUGUGAAUGAAGAAGAUACAUGUUUGGGAGUUCUUCCUUUCUUCCAUAUCUAUGGUUUGUCUCCUGUGAUGAUGGGAGUUCUUCAAGAUGGAGGUAAACUUGUCACUCAACCAAGAUUUGACCCGGAAAUGUUCCUGAAAGCUUUACAAGGUUACAAGGUAACACAAGCACAUUUGGUACCUCCCAUUAUACUGUUUUUAGCCAAACAUCCGGUUGUGAGUAAGUUUGAUUUGUCCAGUAUUACAAAGUUGAUCAGUGGAGCAGCACCACUGGGAGAUUCCCUGACAGAAGAGGUCAUGGAGAGACUCAAAGCACCUGUUUGUCAAGGUUACGGAAUGACAGAGACGAGUCCAGUUAUCCAUGUUGAUACAGUACCCAAUACCAGAGGAUCUGUGGGAAAAGUUGUCCCAAAUACACUUUGUAAAAUUGUCUGUCCAGAUACUGACACCCAGUUAGAUAAAGUAGGAGAAGUCGGUGAAAUAUGUGUUAAAGGUCCUCAAGUUAUGAAAGGCUACCUCCAUAAUAUAAAGGCUACAGAAGAUAUUAUAAGAGAUGGAUGGCUUCAUACAGGAGAUAUUGGUUAUGUGAAGGACAAUGGAAGUUUUGUAAUUACAGACAGACUGAAAGAAUUAAUUAAAUAUAAGGGUUAUCAAGUUGCUCCAGCCGAGUUAGAAGAUCUGCUCCUCAAUCACCCAGCAGUACAAGAUGUUGCAGUGAUAGGUAUGCCUGAUGAUGAGGCUGGAGAAGUACCGAGAGCAUACAUUGUCAAGAAACCAAACUCUGAUGUAUCAGCUGGAGAGAUAUCUCAAUAUGUAGAAGAUAAUGCUGCUUAUUAUAAGAAGCUACGAGGAGGAGUCCAGUUCAUUGAUCUUAUUCCCAAAGCACCAAGUGGUAAAAUCUUGAGAAGAAUUUUGAAAGAGUCGUUAACUCAGGAUUAAAAAAGAACAUACAUAGACGCCCAAAAUCCAUAUUACAUUAAUACAUUUCAACUAUGCAAUUCAUUUACACGAUAGGAUCAUCAAAAUGACUGAAAUUGUGUGAAAAUAUGUCCUGAUCAUUGAUCAUCAUAGACAAUUUAAAACAGGAUAACCGUGGAUCACAUAGAUAGAUAAAGUUUAGUCACAUAUGUGGAUGCACUUUGUUUUUAUUUAGCUAAAUAUAAUUUUGAUGUAAAAUUUUAAGCAUGCUAUAUAAUGGAGCCAUUUGAGUUAUCAUAAGAUGAAAACUUUAUCUUUUAAGUUUUGCAUAGACUUGAAUAUUGCUAGAUUUAAAGAUUUUUUUUUUGCAGUCACAAUUGUAUUAUUAUUGUGAUUAUCUUCAAUGCAAAUUUAGUUUUAUUGAUGUUUUACCAAAAUGAUUUUAAUGAUAUUUUAUCAAAACGAUUUUAAUGAUAUUUUUUCAAAAUAAUUUUAAUGAUAUUUUAUCAAAAUGAUUUUAAUGAUAUUUUAUCAAAAUGAUUUUAAUGAUAUUUUAUUAAAAAGAUUUUAAUGAUUUUUUAUUAAUAAAAGUUUAGAAAUGAGAAAUGGCAGCAGAUUAUAUUAAGAAUUAUUAUUAUUUUAUGCAUAGAUAUUUUUACAUUUCUGAUCAAAUCAGGGUUUUUAUUUACCAUAUAACAUAUUUGUUUUGAUUAUUCCCUCAUAAAGAGUAUGGCAUUAUUUCAGGAAUAUAGUUUAUAUCUUAUGUUACUUUCACUUUCACUUUUAUUUCAAUUUCAUUUCAUUUCAUUUAUCUUUGUUUGUAUAUUUUAUUUCGACAUCCCUUUAAUUUAAUCAUUCCUUAGGUCAAUUGACAUCCCAUUGGUGUCAUCUGUCCUAAGAUCAUCUGACCACUACUUGAGGUCAUCUGUACUUAGGUCAUCUGACCAGGACUUGAGGUCAUCUGUACUAAGGUCAUAUGACCUCCAAUUGAAUUUCAUAUGUUCUAAGAGAUAACUUGACCGCUUAUUAAUGUUACCUGUACUAUGGCCAAGUAAAGCUCUUUAUCUACCAACAUUUGAUUUUUUUUCUCAACAUCUUUGAAUUAGAACAAAAAGCUGAAAUGUUUGUAGCGUUAAUAUAUUCUAAUUUAGGGUUGCAUUUUGCAGUUGAAUGAACAUAGAAAAGCAUUAAUAUUAUCAUCUAAAAAAAGCUAUUUUUUGUAUAUUUACUAAGAACAAUGGAUUUUACUGUAGUCCAAUACAAAUGGUUGCUACAAUGUGAUACAUUUAUUACAUUUUGUUUAGUUUUUACUGUGAUGUAUAGUACUGUAUAAUAGCAUAUAAGAUAUGUUUUAAUGUUUUACCUUCUUUUUAACCAUAUUAAUUUUAUAUAAACUGUAAAUAAAAUGCAUUAUCAACGUUGUCUAACAUGACAUUAAAUAUUUUAAUUUA